AUGUCAUGAUGGCGCCAAACAAGCCCUUGAUAUGGCGUCCCUUCCGGGUUUGGCCGGACUCUUACUAGAGGGACAAUACCACUGAGUAUAGUUCAGUGGUAUUUUAGAUGAUUACUUUAAGUAUUGUUGUGAUAACAUUGUGAUACAUUGUGAGUAUAAACUAGAGUAAGGAAGGAAUAUAACUCACAAUGAAGAAACUUUCUAAAAAUGGUUACACUCAAAAAAGUGCAAAGAAAAGUAAAUCGUUAAGCUUUUCUAGAUCUCCUAAGAAUAAAAUCACAUCUUAUAUCAAAACGUCUAGGAAAUCUGUCUUAAAGGAAGAUAGUGAUAAACCCAGUAUUUCAAAUUCUGUUGAAAAUGAUGUGGAUCAAACUGGUACAAAGAAUAAUUUAAUGAAUACAUUUGACAAUAAUAGUAAUGUAGGAAUAGAGAGAAGAACUGAAAGCAAUACUAUUGGCAUGGUAAAAUCAUCAACUGAGAAUUUGACAAAUACUUCUGCUAUUGAAUUGAAAGAUAAGUACCACUCGACAUUUAACAGAAAUCAUCUGAAACAAACCAAUUUACUAGCAGAAAAUACGCAGCUGAAAGUCAGUAUACCAGAUUUAAGUAUUGAGAAGGGUUUAUGCAAUAAACUUGAAACUACUUUUGAAAACUCAGAUCCAUCCAAUCAAGAUUCAGAUAAAUAUGAUAAUGGAUUAUUUACUAAGAAUUCAAAAAUAAAUUCAACACUGAGAUGCUCACCUAGAUUGAGUUCUAUGACGAAAGAUGAUGUUCAAAUACAAAUUACUCCAAACAAAUGUGAAUCCGUUUCUCCAAAUGUUGUAGGCUCGAUAAAGCAUGAACCAAGGUCAAGAAGUGGAAGUUUUAAUAAUGAGUAUGAAAAAAUUAAUUGUGAUAUCAUUAACAUGAUUCAUGACAUGCCUUGUCAAGAUGAUAUUAAUAAAAAUGAUAUAUUGGAGCUAGAAAGUUUUGAAGCAAUUGAGAUGGUUCAUGAUUUUGACAGUAUGAUGGAAUUUGAUGAUGUUAAAAUAUCUGUUUUCCAGUCACCAAUAGCAUCUACGAAAUCUGUAAAAUAUUCAAAGAAGCAGUCUGUCGAAAAGUGUAGAAAAAAUGGAAGUGACAAUGAAUCUGAGAAUAAUUAUACUUCCAUGGAAGAGUCUCCUACAAGUCAUAGGCAGAACAAAAAAGAAAUCAAUGAAAAAACUAUUUUAGAAGAGUUAAAGGCUAUUAAACAGCAUCAAGAUAUUUCGGAAGAGAAACAACAAAAAUUAAAGAUGUUAACUGUAGAGCUCACGCAUGAAGUUCCUGAACAGCAUAAAGUUGAAAUUCUCGCUGGUACACAUGCACCAACGUUAGCAGAAAGAAAAAUUAUGAGAUCAUUUGCACGUAUGAAACGUGGUCCAUACACGACUGAAGAAGAUACAAUUAUUCUAGAAAAUUGGCAAGAAUUCUGUGAAUUGCAUGAUUGGGAUCCAAAAGAUGUAAAGCCAUUUUUAUUCAUGAGCUAUAAGCCCAGCGUAUUUUAUUUGCCUGAUUUUGAAGAUAGAAAGAAAUUUGUACAAUUUCUAGCAAAGGACUUGCCACAUCGUACAUUGUGCAGCAUAUAUUAUAGAUUUAGAAACUUGCAUCAAAAGUUUAAAAAUGACAGAUAUACAAAAAGCGAAGAUAAAAAGAUAUUAGCCUAUUUAGGAAAUGGUUCUAUCUUGUACAGUGGGAAUCAUAAAAAAUAUGCCGAAUUAGCAUUACUUUUGAAUAGGAAUCGAGCUUCCAUAUUCCGUCGAUAUCGGCUUCUUCUUAAAAAGUCAUCAACUCUUCCAAAAACUAACGUACGAUGGACUUUGCCCUUGAUCGAAGACUUCAUAAAUGAAUUGUUACGCGUAACUAAGGUUCAAGAUGUAAAAUAUUUAAAAGAUGUAGAAAUCCCGGUUUUGAUUUGGAAAAAAGUGGCUUUGAAGCUCAAUAUAUAUUUUGAUGUCCUGAAACAUUUCUGGCGGAAUCAAUUGCACAUGCAAUUAUUUUGCGAAGAACCCAUUUACAUGAACGACAUAAAAGUGAAGCUAAUAGAAUAUCUAUACGGUAAAGGAUUAGCUCAUAAGUCCGAAUUUAAUUGGACUAAGAUUGGAAAAUAUUUUGAUGGGAUGCAUACCUCUCACCUUUCUCGAAUUUUCAAAACACUUCUCGAAAGAGUUCCACGUGGGUCGUCGGAUAACUUAUGGGGUGAGUGCUCUAAUCUGAUAUUAUAUUUUAUUCUUACUUGCACCAUUUUUAAGUACGAUAUUGAUCACGUAUUUCGUGUGAUCACAGAGGCAAUUGAAUAUUUGUACGAGGUACAUAUACCAAAAAUACGAAACGCGCCGUUUGAUAGGAUGUUGCCGCGUAUUUCAUUUGAGAAUGGUAAAGCAAAGUUAAUUGAUAAAAAACCUAAAGAAUGAGAAAAUAACGACUUCAGUUUUACAUAUACUAUUUUUACAAUUUAUUGUAUUUUGUUACUUAUCGGAUAAGAAUGAACUUAUUAUAAAAAGAAACUAUUUGUACAAUAAAAACGUCAUAACACAUAGAUUUAAGUAAA